GUCCCUCUCGUCUGCAGUGUGUUGAAUUGUAUGGCUCUAAACAUCAUUAUCGCAAGCAGCACUCCGCUUUUUCGGAGUUUGCUGUCGCGGAAAUAAGUUUCCAGGCAAUCGCCGUAGACGUAUUCGAAGCGGGCUCCGAACUUCCGGCGUGAGAAUUUAUGUUCCCAUGUGGUUGCACUGUUCGUCUUGAUCUCUACGCACGAUUCGCGCAGGAUGCCAUCCAUGCUUCUAAACAGCGUUCUCAAAGAGCUCCGCUCCUUGAGCACGGCGCGCGACUUCAUAAAAUUCAAGACCCUAUGGAGCUGCUCAACCGUGACUCCUGCGAAAGAUUCCAUAAGUUUUAGGAUGGCGACCCGAUUGCGUUGUCUGGGACGAUUCUUCUCGAGCCAGGCCAAUUCUUAUGUGAAUAGCAAGCUCCGGAGGGUCAACCAACUGUACACGAAGUAUCAGCGCACUGCCUUGAAUCAGCUGUUUUCGAAAACCAUAUUCAAUCAUAUGUUCCGAUAUAGCAUGAGGAAGAGAACGCCGAUGCUAUUGCUAGGAACCACUGGAUUCAGUUUUCGAGAAGAAGGAAUUUCAGAUGAUGAAGUACUCAGGUGUAUUGAGGAGUUCGAGAUAUUGAAACCGCCGACUCCAGCGUCGCCGUCGCGCAGCUCUGCUUCGAAGAGAUUGAACAUAGAAGACUUCAAGAAGUAUCUCUCGGACGAAGGUUAUGAACCAGUUGUGGAGAAAGAAAGCUUACACAUCUGGCGAAAAAGCGAGGAAGGUCUGGCCAACUAUAAAUACAAAGUUAUCGGGACGUUCGACGAUGUCCCUGCUCGUGCAUUCUUCGCCGUGCAGUGUGAUACGGAGUACCGCAAAAAAUGGGAUAAACUCGUCGUGGAAGUGGAUGUCGUUCAACAAGAGAGCGAAAGCGACGUGAUCUACUGGCAUAUGCACUACCCGUUCCCCAUGAGCUCCCGGGAUUACGUCUUCGUUCGCCGAAAUUUGGUGGACGAUGAAAGCGGCUGCAUGGUGGUGGUCUCUCACGCCGUCAAACAUCCGGACUGUCCCGCGAGAAAAGGCGUGGUCCGCGUCGACCACUACAUGUCCGACAUGGUGAUCUCCCCGCACAAAUCCUUCGAUGAGAACGGCUUCGACUAUCUCUUGACGUAUUACGACGAUCCACAAUCAUCGUUCCCAUCGUUCGUUUACGCGAAGAUGGCAGCCUCCGGCGUGCAUGAUUACAUCGAGAAACUUCAUGAGGCCACUCGUCGCUUUCACGAAGGCGUCAAAGCCUCGUGUGCGACUCAGUCUCUCAGGAUGAAAGAAAACGCAGUCAAGCACCCGAGUCCCGUUCAAUUAGAACACAAUUAUGCAUAAUUACCCAAUGGAGACUGAUCGCGAUAAUUAUUGAACAUGACUGUUGCUACGUCCGAAAACGAUACCGAUAGCCUUCGACGGUGCCUGCUUCUGGCGCUCGUUGGAGGUGAGCUGCCAGAAAACAGCCUCAGCUCCUCGUGAAGGACCGAAGACAAACCCGGUUUCGGUAGAACAAUAAGCCCGUGUACAUUGUAAAUAAGGAAUAUUCGAUAAUUGUAUGCGUGUCUGGAGAAAUGCGUGUUUUGUUUAUAUGUUUUGAAGCUGUGUACGAUAGGGAUAGAAUUAAACGGAAGCGUUGACUU